CAGCUAGAGAAAGAAAAUCUAAAGAUAGAGUGAAUGAAGAUAAUCAAAGGGCUUGCGAUAUUGGUGUUUGUAGGGUACCUUUUCCUAUGGGUGAUGACACCAACCUAUGUCUUCAAGCAAAAGUGGCUCGUUAGGGUUCGAGCCCACACCACUUCUACUUACUUUGGAACUCAAGGUCCAACGAUGUUGCUCUAUUCAUUCCCUGUUUUGUUCAUGGCUGUCAUGGGCAGUGUGUAUCUGCAUUUAAGGAAAAAAUCGAACCAAAACCGCAAUGAAGGACAAAAAGAAGCUACCAAUGGUAACUUAACUAUAUGGAGAAGGCCCAUGAUCGUUAAAAGUCUGGGAAUCGUCUCAAAAAUCGAGCUUGCUUUCUUUAUAAUGUUUAUCGCUCUUCUUGUCUGGUCUUUCACGACGUACUUACAUGUCAGUUUUGCCAAAAUUACCCCUCAAUCAGCUGCAAAAAAAGGAGAAAAAGUUUGGGAAUCAAAAUUGGAUUCAGUGGCCCUAAGGUUGGGACUAAUUGGUAAUAUAUGUCUAGCAUUCUUGUUUUUCCCUGUGACUCGAGGCUCAUCUAUCCUGCCAUUGUUUGGUCUCACUUCCGAAGCGAGUGUCAAGUAUCACAUAUGGCUCGGGCAUAUCAUGAUGACUCUCUUCUCUUCUCAUGGCGUUUGUUACAUCAUUUAUUGGAUUGCAACCAACCAAACAUCAGAGAUGUUGAAAUGGGCAAAAACCGAUAUAUCAAAUGUAGCGGGAGAGUUGUCUCUGUUAUCAGGAUUGGUCAUGUGGGCAACAACUUUUCCACAAAUUAGACGAAAGAUGUUCGAGGUUUUCUUCUAUACUCAUCACCUGUACAUCCUUUUCAUUGUCUUCUUUGUGUUCCAUGUUGGCAUAGGUUACACAUCCAUCAUGCUUCCUGGAUUCUACCUCUUCUUGAUUGAUCGGUUCCUAAGAUUUCUACAAUCAAAGGAAAACGUUCGUUUGAUUUCUACCCGUGUUCUUUUAUCUGAAACUCUCGAGCUUAACUUCUCCAAGAGCCAAGACUUGAGUUAUACACCUACGAGUAUCAUGUUCAUCAAUGUUCCAAAUAUUUCAAAGACUCAAUGGCAUCCAUUCACAAUUACCUCAAGUAGCAAUCUGGAACCUGAGAAGCUAAGUGUUAUGAUCAAAGGUGAAGGUAGUUGGUCUAAGAAGCUUUAUCAAAUAUUAUCAUCUCCAAACCCUGUUGAUCGGCUUGAUGUUUGCGUUGAAGGACCUUAUGGACCUAUCUCGACUAAUUUCCUAAGGCACGAUAUCUUAGUGAUGGUGAGCGGAGGAAGUGGGAUCACACCGUUUAUUUCAAUAUUUAGGGAGCUUGUUUUCACAGUUGAAACCUCAAAAUGUAAGACACCAAAGAUACUCAUGAUAAGUGUCUUUAAAGACUCUUCCGAUCUCACAAUGUUAGAAUUGCUCUUACCGGCAUUUGGUGCUCCUAUGGAUUUUUCAAAACUAGAACUACAAAUUGAGGCCUAUGUGACAAGAGAGAAGCAACCAACGAUUGAUGACAAGAAACAAGUUCGAACCAUUUGGCUCAAACCAAAUUCUUCAGAUGGGCCCAUAACACCUAUUUUAGGACAAAAUGGUUGGUUAUGGCUUGGUGCAAUUAUUUCUUGUUCUUUUGUUGUUUUCCUUUUAUCUAUCGGGCUUUUAACACGAUUCUACAUCUACCCUAUUGAUAAAAACACAAACAAAGUGUACCCUUAUGGUUCGAAGGGGGUGAUGAAUAUAUUGCUCAUUUGUGUGUCUAUAAUGGUAGCAUGUAGUUUGGGUUUUUGGUGGAACAAGAAAAAAAAUGCAAUAGACUCGAAGCAAAUUCAAAACAUGGAGGAAGCAACACCCGUUGGCUCACCUAAUUCUUUGUUUUAUAACGCGGAAAGAGAGCUUGAAAGCCUACCCCAACAAUCACUCAUUCAAUCUAUAAAUGCACAUUACGGUGAAAGACCGAAUCUUAAGAGAAUGUUGUUUGAGCGAAAGGAAUCAAGUGUUGGAGUUCUUGUUUGUAGACCAAAAAACAUGAGGCAUGAGGUUGCAAACAUAUGCUCAUCAGGGUUGGCUUCAAACUUACAUUUUGAAUCCAUAAGCUUUAAUUGGUGAUAAAACUUUUUCAAGGCAUACUUAAAACAGAUUGAAAUAAUAUAUAUAUAUUUUUUCUUCUUUUGUGAUGAUGGAUACCCUUGCUUUAAGGGUUCUAAAGGUCAAGAUUGAUAAGGUUAGAAAAUGGAAAUGUGUGUCUAUUUGAUUGUAAAAUUGAAGUACAUUUAAAA